UUGUUUCUGUUUCUGUAGCUGAUAAUUGAGGAACAUCUUAUGAAGGAAUGCCGAAUAGUUCAGAAAGAGAGUCAUGAUAAAGUAUUCAUUACGACAGUUUAUGGAAAUAUUUCUACACAAAAGGCUCAACUAACGACGUAGGGCUUGGACUAUCCUCGGAGUUGUCAUGGCACCGCCAAAAAAGAGGGCAUUACCCAAGCCCCUGCCAGAGGGCUUCAUACUGACCGACACAGAGAAGAAGCAAUGGAGGCUGGGGAAAAUCAUUGGUCAAGGUGGCUGUGGGCUGAUCUAUCUAGCCUCCAAUGAUGUGGCCAGACCUGUCUCAGCAGACACUGACUUCGUCAUAAAAUUGGAGUACCAUGAGAAUGGCCCCCUGUUCUCCGAGCUCAAGUUCUACCAGAGGGCAGCCAAACCGGAGAGCAUGCAAAAAUGGAAGAGGAGCAGGAAACUGGACUUCCUGGGCAUCCCAACGUACUGGGGAUCAGGACUGGCUGAAUAUAAUGAAGUCAGGUAUCGUUUCAUGACCAUGGACAGACUGGGCAGUGACCUUCAGAAAGUCUGCGAGCGCAACAAAGGUCGACUGAAGAAGGCUACCGUUCUCCAGCUUGGUCAAGAACUGGUGGAUGUACUGGAAUAUAUUCAUGAGAACGAGUAUGUCCAUGCAGACAUUAAAGCUGCCAACCUCAUGUUGGGUUUCAGAGACCCUGAACAGGUCUACCUAGCAGACUAUGGACUGUCCUACAGAUACUGUCCCGAUGGAGUCCACAAAGAAUACAAGGAAAACCCCAAGAAGGGCCACAAUGGAACCAUCGAGUACACCAGCACUGAUGCUCACAAAGGACUUGCUCCAUCUAGACGUGGUGACCUUCAGAUUUUGGGUUUUUGUCUUCUUCACUGGUUAUGUGGGUCUCUGCCUUGGGACAGAGUUCUCAAGAACCCAACUCAGGUCCAGGAGGCCAAGGCCAGACUGAUGGAUAAUCUGCCAGGCUCAGUCCAGCAGCUGUCAGUAAGCGGAGCCAGCACAGAUGAGGUGGCCGCAUUCCUCAGUUAUGUAAAAACUCUAGACUACCAAGAAAAGCCAAACUACCAGCGUCUCAAACAGCUGUUGGCCACUGUUGUCACAGGAAGACUUGACCUCUCCAUACCACAAGGACCUGCAGGGGAGUCAACCACCAAGGCACAAGAUCCCCCCAACAGGGAAAAGACAGCAGGACGAGCCAGAGGGUGCUCCAAAGCCAAGGCUGUGGUCACAGAGGUGGAUGAUGAUGAUGAUGAUGAUGAUGAUGAUGAUGAUGAUGAACAAGAAGAGAAGAUGAAGUCUAAACCAGUGCCAGCUCGCUACAUAAGAGGACCGCCCCUCAGUCAACCUCAGGCACAGAAAGAAGAUGACAAAGUUUUGCCUGCUGCCAGAUCACUGAGGCCAAGGCGUGAACCUGUGACUUAUAACGAAGAUAGCAGUGAAACUGAGGAGGAAGACGGAGAGGAAGAAAUGGAGGUGGAAGGCAGAUCCAGACCCAUUCCUGCAUGCUACCUGAGAGGCCCUCCAGUAGGCCCCAGAGCUCAGUCUAAACAGAAAACUAAAUCCAAAUGGAGCGGCAGAAAAUCAGAUGACCCCAGCGUGACCCCAGAGAGACGGGAACGACGACUCCACUCACAAAGGAGAAAUCACAUAUUGACAAACUGUGAUGCCAAGGAGCAAGAAUACAUGGGCUACAGAGAGAGAUGGGAUGAAAGGCUGCUACCUCCCUGUGAGUCUGCCAACCAGGGGUGGACGGGUCGAAGGCUGGAGGACUGUGGCUCUCCUCCAAUUCACCAGAAUCACCUCUGGACUCGUCAGCCCCACAGAGUGCUUCACCACAGAACAUGUCACAGCCAUGGACACUGUUGCCACAGCGACCUCUGUUGCGAACACAGACACUGCUUUGGUGAUUGGGAAGGGUCUGCUGCCAGGGGUCCGGAACAGGAAGCUGCUCCCACACAGAAGAACGGACUCUUUUCCUGGUUUGUCUUUCUGGGCGUCUUCCUUUUCCUGGGUGCUGCUCUCGGUGUUUGCCAAAGUGCAUAUAAACCUUUAUGAACGAGGGACACUUUUAGGCUGAUGAUAGCGAUGCACUGAUAGUAAAACACCGAUGUUUAACAAUUAGGCCAGUUGCUGAUACUAGUGGGUUUUUUUUUUUGAUGUUGUUGUUGUUGUUGUUGAUAUUACGUAUUGAGUACCCUCAAAUUUUUGCAGGCUUCUUUUGGGAUUGUUACAGCCUGAAAUUGCAAAGUUGCACAGAAUUCAGGGGGUCUGGCUGAAUUUGUGUUCGCUAUAUCCUGGAGGGACUGUUUAUCUCCUCCUCUUUGUGCCAGGGAAACAAAGCAAUCUUCAUUAAAAAAAGGUCUUGAACUUA